GAAAUAAAAGAGGGAGGAGUUACGUUGCCAUGACUGGCACCAGCGUCGUGGACCCAGCCUUUACCGUAUAUACCCAAGCAAGCUGGAGCGCGAGUCGAAGCCGGCCGACCGGGCGGCGGCUGGCGCGACGCGCACUACGAAUUCCGCUGGAGCUUGCAGCGCACAGUACAUGACGUCCGGCACAAUUAGCUACACCAUUUUUGUUGAUGGUGUUGCCAAGAAGAUCAUAGACUGAGACUCGAGACUUCAUUUCAAAGUCAAAGACAGAAGUCAACAUACCCACGCCCACGACACUCUGUCUCUGAAACAAAACAAUGGAGGAAUUCAAUGCUGAAGAGGUACCUCCUUUAGAGGACAUGAGUGACCUUCUGGAACAAGCUCAUCAACUACAGAAAAUGAAGGAUAAAAAGGGCAUGGCUUCAUCUUCAUCAUCAUCAUCUUCAUUUAAAUCAUCAUCAGUCCAUGGUUCUCCAAAAGUUGAAGAAAAACCCCAGAGCCAGAGGGUAAAACAGGAAGCUACAAAACAGGAAACAGAGACUGAGGUACAUAAGACACCAUCUCAGACCAACAAACCAGCUUCCUCUAAAGCCAAGUCCUUUGGAGGCCUGAAGAAAGGAUUUCUCUUUGGUUCCGCACCCAAAUCAUCUGGAAAAGCUUCUUCACAAACUUCUAAACAGCGCCCUCUCGUAGAGCCAUCAAACAAGGCCCAGACUGCUGUAUCAGGUGAAGGUCUUGAAGAUAUUCCACUCAUCAAACCUCAAGGUGAUGGUGCACAGAAUGGAGCACAGAGGAUCCAGGAGGUUCAGGAUGCACUGAAGGCCAGUGCUCCGUUUCUUGAAAACAAAGACUGGGUGAACGACAAUCUUCUGUCAAAGAUUGAGAAACAUCCUCGCUUGGCCCAACAGAUGUCAGAUCCUCGUUUCAGCCAGGCAAUGUCCAUGUUCCAGUCUAACCCACAGGGUGCCAUGAAGUACUUCCAAGAUAACCCAGAAAUUCAGACCUUCUUUCAAGACUUCUGUGCAAUUCUAGGGGAUCAUUUUACUGGUCUCAGUUCCACAUCAUCAAACCAACCUUCUCCGUCAGCCCCCAAGGUGACUCCUGUCCAAGAAGUCAAAGUUCAUGAUAGUCCAGGUGCAGACAUGAGGGUGUCCAGCAGUACUGACCCCAAGCAAGCAACGGCUGCAGAUGAAGCCAAGAUGAAGGAAAUCAUGGCUGAUCCUGAUGUCAUCAAAGCUUUUGGUCAUCCGCAGAUACCCCUUUUCUUUGAGGCGCUACAGAAGAACCCUGAUCUAGCUCAAAGGAUGAUGCAAUCUGCAGAUGCUGACUUCAGACGGCACGUACAGACGUUGGUGAAGAAAGGACUUCUGGGAUUUGCAAGGUGACAAGAUGGACUACAGAAUGAGAGAAGUCAUUAUGUAGGACAUGCCUUCCAAUAUGUUGAACAUAAUGGAGCACAAAAUCCACCAUUAGAGCAAUAGACUGCGUGUUUAACGUUCCUGGGUAUUCCUGUUAAAUGCACAAUGUCGUGGAAGCAACAGCAAUAUACAUUUGGACUCCAAGUGCGGGAACUCCCAAAUGUGUGGUGUAGUAUAAAUCAUUCAAAAGGAGGACCUUACGCUCGGAUGAUAAAAUCACUUAUCAGUGAAAGAUGAUUAUCUGAAGGAUAAAAAACAUUCCAGCAUUAGUAUUCUAAGCUUAGAAUGUUUGUCAGACAUGUUAAUGGUUUGGAAAUUUAAUCAUAUAUUUUGGAAUUGCUUAUAAGCAAAAUUUGAAAACAAAUAUUAUUAAGCAACAUUGUUUCCUUAUUUCAAUUUCAUCCUUUUUUAUUACUUGCAUUGAACAAGGACCCUGUUUCACAAAACUUGUUAUAAUAACAACUUUGCAAUAACAGUUAAAAGCUACUGAAAUUUUUCAAUCUGAUUGACUGAAAGUAAACUUUUAGAAAUUGUGCAUUUGUCAUUAUAACAAGUCUUUAUGAAAUUGGACUGAGUGUUUACUCUCAGGAAAGGGUUAUUGAGGAUAUCAAAGUCUAAUUUUAUGUUAUAAAGCUUUCUUGUGACAUUCCCUUUGAGGAUGUUUGAUUUUAGAUUAUUUUAUCAUAUUCCAUUCAUGCUAUAAAGUGUGUGUGUUCGUGUUCAUCUGUCCAAUCUGCCAGCUUCUCACUAUUCAUGCUUUUCACGGUUGGUGAAUACAGCUCCUAAACUUAUGGAGAAAAAAAAAUACCCUGAUUUCUUUGCAGCCGGCAUUUUAUCAGCUCGUCGAAAAGUACAUUUACUCACCUUUCUCUUGAUUUGUAUAUUUCAUAAUGCACGCAAGUUGCGCCCUUAACACUAUCUAGGCCGGGGGGGGGGGGGCGUCAGAGGUCCCCCCUCAACGAUUCGCGCAAUAUUUUUGCCGCGCGAAAUUUUUUGACUGCGCAGCUCGCUGACUUUUUACUUUCAAGUCUUGCGCAUCUUUUGAGACAAAAUUUGCGUCGACAGGGUACACGAUUUCGAAAUUACACAACAUUUUGUAAGUGCAUGUCAGACCCAAAAUUGCUCAAAAACGUGAUUGCGUGUACAAAGUCAAUGCAAAUUGUGUUUUCAACCCAUAAUCAUAAUUGUAUGAUUAUUUUUAGUUUUGCUGGUCUAAAUGGGUUUAUUUUAUGCUGUUUAUGAUCUCAAAAGAGUCCCCGACAAAGUUCAUUGAAAAAACAAUAAAAAACAAAGGUAAAAAAACAAAGAAAUACAUAAGACAUUGCAAAAAAAUAUAAUACAUAAGAAAUUAAUCUGAUAUCGCAAUUUUUUUCAUGUUCAUUUGCUGAGAACACCACAAAGAGUUUCUACACCAAAAUUAGAACAUUUGGAGCUUUAUUUAGGGAAUUAGAGGGAAAAGUAUGAUUUUGCAUACUAAUUACGCAUAAAUUAGCAUAAUUAAUUAAUAGUGAUUUGCAUGCAAUAAAUUGAUACAGAAUUUGUAGAUUAUGUUCCAGGCAAGUUGCGUGCCAAUUUUCGGCGCGAUCGACGGCUGUGAUCUCAAGGGGGGGCCUGGGAGGCCCCCCCCCCCCCCCCGGCCAUAUGAUCUCCCAAAAUACCCCGGCCUAGAUAGGGUUAAUGUGACGUCAGUCAUGUGUUAAAUCCGGACACCAAGCAUUAAUCAUAGUGUUACUCUUUCAAAGUGAUUACAGACUUAAUAUUAUUACAGUUUCUUGUGAUCUCAUUUAUAAUAUGACUGAUCAAUCCAUAUUUUGGAGAAACAAGUGGAAUGCCUCUGGCAGGCUCACCUGCAUUACGCGAUUCGAUAUAUAGCAGCAGUGCUGACUUUGAAAACAGCUAUCGAAUAGUUAUUCACAAAAGAAAACAUUCAUAUGAUAAUGAAAUACUAUGUCCAUUGACCCAAAAUGACCUUUGACCAUGAUUAUGUGAUCUAAGAUGUGUGCAAAACAACUCGAUUACUCUUAUGUCUAAGUUCUAUGAACUAGAUCCAUAAACUUUCAAAGUUACGAUGGUAAUUCAACAAUUACCCCUAACAUGGCCAAAGUUCAUUGACCCUAAAUGACCUUUGACCUUGGUCAUGUGACCUGAAACUCGCAGAGGAUGUUCAGUAAUACUUGAUUACCCUUAUGUGUAAGUUUCAUGAACUAGGUCCAUAUACUUUCUAAGUUGUCAUUUAAAAAACUUUAGGUUAAGAUUUGAUGUUGAUGCUGCCGCCGCCGUUGGAAAAGCGGCGCCUAUAGUCUCGCUCUGCUAUGCAGGCGAGACAAAAAAACUACCCCAAUUGUCUUUCAGUUGGCAGUUUAUCAUCAUGUCCAAAAAUACUCGUUAUCUCUUCAUUUUGAGUAUUUCAUAAUACAUGCAUGCAAUUUGGGCCCAUACUGUGACGUCAGUCAUGUGUUAAUUCACCUGACACCAUGCAUUCAUCAAAGUGUCUCUUUCAAAGUGAUUACAAACUUAAUUUAUAAACUCUUCUGAUCUCACUUAUAAUUUAACUGAUCAAUAAUUAUUUUUCACUUGGGAUUCAUCUUUAAAUCGUUUAAUAUUUUCUUAUUUUUAAUUCUUACUUGCGGACUGUGCUACCUUGUAUGCCUUGGAAAAAAAUUGUUGACCACGAAGCCUCCCAUGAUAAUGAAAAUUGAUUUAGCAUGUAUGUUAUAAUGCAUUAUGAAUGUAUUAUGUAAUACUGUAGCAAAAAAGAUUAAAUAUGUCCAACAACAGAAGUACUUUUUCACAACUGGGUAAAUAAAUGAUUUAUUCAGUAUAAACAUCUGCAAUAUAAUACAGAACAUACAAACAAUAGCAAGUAUAAAUUUAGCCUGGUCCUAGUAUAAUGACUACUUCAAUACAAGUUUAUACAUAGAACAUAUAUACUAUUUUCUAUUUACAGUCAAUACCUUGUAAUGGUGAUCUUAUGAUUCCAUCCAUUAAAUGCAUUUGUUAUUUGUAUAUCAAGUCUUAAAUGUAUUAUAAAUUCGUAAUAUUUGCUAGGCCUUCUUAUGUACUACCAUGUGAGUAAAAAAAAACUUAACCCCUCCCAAAUCCCCAAUUUAAGGACAAAAUAUUUCAUGAACACAUGAUUAAUAUACAUGGUCUGAAAGAGUAUCUUCAAAAUAAUUUGAUACCAUAUUUAUGUGGUAUGUGUUAACACUUGGAUUAUUCUGAGGUAUUUUUUUACUGUGAUGUAAAGUUUGAUUUGCACCAAAGUAAGGCAUGGCUGCAAUGAAUGAAUCCACAUGCCAAUGAUGUCAUUAUCCUACUUGAGUUAGUAAACAUAUGUGUAAACCCCUUUUCAAUGAAAUUAACUUGAGAAUUAAUACUAAAAGGUGUUUACUAAACAAUUUUAAUGUAAUUAUUGAAAGUUGGUUUGCAACAAAUUUUAAUGCAACACUUGUAGAUUUAUGAAAUCAUUGACAUCUAGAUUCAUUAAUUGGAGCCAUGCCUUACUUUGGCGCAAGUCAAAAUUUACAUCACUGCAAAGAAUACCUCCUGAUCAUCCAAGCGUUAACACAUACCAAAUGAAUAUAGUAUCAAAUUAUUUGGAAGAACAUACUCUUUCAGGCCAUAUAUAGUAAUUAUGUGUUCAUGACAUUUUUCCUUAAAUUAAGGACUCAUGACGUGUCAAGUUUUGUUUGACUCACACAGUAGAGCAGGCAUGGGUUUAUGAUGUACCUCUGGAAUCAACAUUGUACAUGUACAUCUAUUAAGUCUUGGUGAUGUUGCUAUACACGUCAUGAUUAGGGAAGGAAGCCAUUGGGCUGCAUUCAUUUCUUUUUCUUUGCCCUUCCUAGGCAACCUGGGUUUGGAUUGUAAACAUUCUCAAUUCAUUUUCCCUUUGUGUAUUUUCCUGUAAAGUGCCCUUUUUGUUAAAUGCUGGAUAAAAAUUAUGAUUUACAAUAAACAAUGAUAAUAAUCUUUAGAA